AUGGAUCAUCGGAGGAAUCAAUUAUACCAUUAUCGCAAUUCAUCCAACAACCACCGCAUGCUUAUUGUGAAUUCUAGAAUUAAUCCUUCAAGUGGAAGGCCUCACCACAACUUUCAUCAUCAUUAUCAUCAUCAUGUUGCACAUCCUUUAUCUCGAAUGAGAAACCAUAACCAUCAUCCUGUUGCACAUCCUUUAUCUCGAAUGAGAAACCAUAACAGGAAUAUCAAUAACUAUUCUCGAAGUAGACACUCUUCACCCACGUAUCAAGCUAACGUGGAAACAAUAAAUCCCUGGCCACAUGUAGUAAUUUACCCUGAAGAUGAAGUUGCCAUACUCGAAAGUUCAGUUGUUGUUGAUGGUCAUCCUAUGCACAUGGACAUGGCUAUUAGGGACGAGCUUGAAUUGGUUCAAGAAACCGGCAGAUAUCUUCCAACUGCACCACCUUUGUCUCGAGUAAGAAACCAUAAUUCUCAACUACCAGAGACUUUGGACAUUGACAACAUGUCUUAUGAGGAGUUACUAUUAUUGAGUGAACAUUUUCCCGGUGUUGAAACUGGUCUAUCUGAAGAAAACAUUAAUCUUCUAACACAAACACAUAUAUUUGCUGAGUCGCAACUAUCUUCUUCUAGUAAUGGAACUAAUGACUUUUGUGUCAUAUGUCAGGAAAAUUAUAUAAAAUAUGAUAGAAUUGGAAGUCUCGAUUGCAGUCACGCGUACCAUUUUGAUUGCUUAAAGAGUUGGCUAAAAAUAAACAAUAUUUGUCCAAUCUGCAAAUCUCCUGGGUUAACAAAAGUUGAAGAAAUGCAGAUCGAAUGA